AUGGCUUUAAAUAAAUUGAGCAUCGAUGCUGUUAAUUUAGGUGGCAAGCGCGUUUUGAUGAGAGUGGACUUUAAUGUUCCUCUAAAAGACGGAGCGAUCACCAACAACCAGCGGAUUGUAGCAGCCUUGGAUUCAGUUAAAUAUGCUUUGGAUAAAGGAGCCAAAUCUGUUGUUCUUAUGUCACAUCUCGGCCGGCCUGACGGUCAAGCAAAUCCAAAAUACUCUCUCAAACCCGUAGCUGAGGAACUUAAAAAGUUACUAAACAGAGACAUACAGUUCCUUCCGGACUGCGUUGGGGCUGAGGUAGAAGCUACCUGUGCUGAUCCUCCUGUAGGCUCAGUUGUAUUGUUAGAAAACUUACGUUACCAUAUUGAAGAGGAAGGAAAGGGGGUUUAUGCUAGUGGAGCUAAGGUAAAGGCUGAUCCUGAGAAAGUAAAGGCCUUCAGAGCAAGCUUAAGGAAGCUCGGAGAUGUUUACAUAAAUGAUGCCUUUGGUACUGCUCACAGGGCACAUAGUUCCAUGAUGGGUGAAGGCUUCGACCAAAGAGCCAGUGGGUUCUUGUUGAAGAAGGAAUUGCAGUACUUCGCCAAAGCUCUUCAUGAACCAGAAAGGCCAUUCCUGGCCAUCUUGGGUGGUGCAAAGGUAGCCGACAAAAUCCUGCUGAUUGAAAAUCUAUUGGAUAAAGUCAAUGAAAUGAUCAUCGGUGGUGGUAUGGCUUAUACAUUUUUGAAGGAAACUAAGGGCAUGGCUAUUGGCAACUCAUUGUAUGAUGCGGAGGGAGCAAAAAUUGUUACUAAAUUGUUGGAAAAGGCAGCUAAGAAUAAUGUGAAAGUGCACCUUCCUGUUGACUUUGUCACCGCAGACAAGUUUGAUGAAAAUGCACAGGUUGGUGCAGCAGAUGUCGACAGUGGUAUCCCCGAAGGCUGGAUGGGUUUGGAUGUCGGACCAAAGAGUAGGGAGCUUUUUGCUGAUCCUAUUGCAAGAGCUAAGGUCAUUGUCUGGAAUGGCCCUGCUGGCGUAUUUGAAUUCGAGAAGUUUGCUGGUGGUACCCGCGCAUUAAUGGACGGCGUUGUCAAAGCAACGGCUGGCGGAGCUAUCACUAUUAUUGGUGGUGGUGACACAGCGACCUGUUGCGCAAAAUGGGGCACCGAGGACAAAGUAUCUCAUGUGUCAACCGGUGGUGGUGCCUCCUUAGAGCUACUUGAAGGUAAAGUUCUACCCGGAGUAGCAGCGCUCUCUGAUGCUUAG